GGGAGAUAGAGAGAGGACAGGGUGACACUGCGGAAGAAACUACACCCAGGGAGACAGACUGGGGACGGCUGACAUUGUUUCCUCCUCGUUCAUAAAGUGCCGGAGUUAAAAGAAAAGAAGCGAUGCAAGCCAUUAAAUGUGUGGUGGUGGGCGACGGUGCUGUGGGGAAGACCUGCCUCCUCAUCAGCUACACUACCAAUGCCUUCCCCGGAGAAUACAUCCCCACUGUAUUUGACAACUACUCUGCCAAUGUCAUGGUGGACAGUAAACCCGUCAACCUGGGGCUGUGGGACACAGCAGGCCAGGAGGAUUACGACCGUCUGCGGCCCCUGUCCUACCCCCAGACGGACGUUUUCCUGAUUUGCUUCUCGCUGGUGAGCCCGGCAUCGUACGAGAACGUCAGAGCCAAGUGGUACCCAGAGGUACGACACCACUGUCCUUCCACCCCCAUCAUCCUUGUGGGCACCAAGCUGGACCUCCGGGACGAGAAGGAAACCAUCGAGAAGCUGAAGGAGAAGAAGCUGACUCCCAUAACGUAUCCACAAGGACUAGCUCUGGCCAAAGAGAUUGACUCUGUGAAGUACCUGGAAUGCUCUGCCCUGACGCAGAGGGGGCUGAAGGCCGUCUUUGACGAGGCCAUCCGCGCCGUCCUGUGUCCCCAGCCCACCAAAGUUAAGAAGAACUCCUGCCAGCUACUCUGAGGAUCUUCAUGAAAACGAAUAUGGACCAGAAAACGACGGUGAAACCACUAGGUCAUCAUUACAAUUAUCAUCAUCACGAUUUGUUUUGUCCCGUUAUUGAAAUGUUACUAUUUAAGUGAAGCUUCCUCUGUGCGCAACAGUGUAUGGCUGUAUGUUAAGACGAUGUUAAUACAUUUACAGGCGGUCCCCGAUGAUGUUAAUACAUUUACAGGCGGUCCCCGAUGAUGUUAAUACAUUUACAGGCGGUCCCCGAUGAUGUUAAUACAUUUACAAGCGCCUGACUUACGGACAACUUGAACUUACGGAUGGACUGCCUUAAAUCCUGAUAUAUUAAUAAUUUGGGUCAAUGACAGUGAAUGCAGGCAGUACUUUGACACUUCUGAAAACAUUGCAUGGCUUCACCGGUUUGUUGGCUAGAGGUAUAGUACAGUACCGUAUUUACUUUUUACUGUAUAAUAAUGAUAAUUAUUAUAAUUAUCAUUAUUAUUAUGUACUGCAUUUACUUUUCCAACGUACCUACAUAUCCGACUUUAAGACAGACUCUGGGAACGGAUCUCGCCCAUAACCUGGGGAUUGCCUGUAUACUGGAUGUUCUUGAAAGGUCACAUAGGAACGUAUAAAGGUGUAUGUGCCUGAGAGAGACUUACAAAGCUUGCCAUAUGUGAGAGUGAUCCUACACUGACUUAUAGAGUUCAGUGUCAGAUACCUCUGAGUUGAGACCUCUGUUAAUAUUGCCUGGAUCUGCAUUGCAUUCACUAAUGCAGCCUCUUUACUGGGGAGUGUGUGCACACGUGUGUCUGUGUUUUUAAAUAAACGGAUCUUCUAUUUCGUGCA